AAGCCAUUUUCCGCCGGCUUUCGUGUGCGCCGCUUGCAUUUUGAUGCAGCGCUUUAACUAAAAAUAAUUAAGAGUAUUUUUUUGAUGAAUAAAUAAAUGCGCGUUGCCAAAUACCAUUUCAAUAAAGUUUAUUGUGCCUGCGCGUUGUGCAUGCUUUAGUUUUGCAAGUUCCCAAGAAGAGAUUCACGUUGCAGUUACAACAAAAAAAAAACAAUUGAAAGGAAACAUGUUCCCUUGCCCAGUUCAGCCAGCUCGGGAAAGGUAGUUGGAUAUGACGAGCAACAUCAAUGGGGCGCCAGAAGAAACAGUCUGCGUUUUCCCUGUUUGUGCAAGAAUGGCGCAAACUGAGAGCUCACAAUCUGCAGUGGGAGGAGUGCCUCCAUCUGGCCGGACCGGCGUGGCAGAAAAUGAGUCCAGUGGAACGCCAGCCAUACCUCGACGCAGCUCGUCAACUGAAAGCGGGCACAGUUCCCAGUGCACAGUUGGAGAGAGACGCUGAGCCGGCACAGCAGCAGCGACAAGUGCAUAUGGAAAUAGAGAAUAUUGUGCGGUAUAGUGCCCAGCGAGCAGUAUUGGAAAGCCAAAGCUAUUAUUUUAUUAUGGUUAAUUACUUCACAAAGGACGCCUGUACGCCAGCGGAACUGGCCGUUGUCCAGUUCACUCUGAAGCAUGGCAUGCGGAAUAUAUACCAUACCCUGAUCAAUCCUGAUGGAUCACAAUAUGCAACCCAGGAGCACGUGAGGGCCACGCAUCAGUACCCUAAUGCCUUGGGUAAUGACGACUUGGAAGGUAUUCUGGCAGAUUUGCUCGAGUUCGUACGAUUGGAGUGUGGGCCUGAGGCUGAACUUUCGCCCAUGUUUACUUUGGAAAGCCAAAUAUCAGUUGUCAACAAUGCCCUUGAGUUUCUUAAUGGGGGCGUGGCUAGCCAGCUCAAGGUCCAUCCCAUAGAAUAUCUUUUCUAUGUAUUGAAGAAAGCGACGUGUGCGGCUGGCAUCUUGCCACCUCCAGCAUCGUUUCAUAUCACAAAUGCCCAAUUCAAUCUGGAUCCGCAUGAAUUUCUAUCGGACAUCGGCUGCGAAUUCCACAAGCAGCGCGAUCUUACGGCGCAUUGCGCCAAAUCGUAUGUUACGCGCUGGGCCUUCGCUUUUGCUGAUUACAUGUGCUCUGACCUGGCUAUUAAAAUGCUUCCAAAUCGACACAUGCCCAACCGUCUAGACACGGAUCAGCUACCGCACCAUGAUAAGCAGAAAGAUCUUGUGAAUAUGCCUGAAGCUGACCAUGGAAGCAGUGAGAACGCUGAGCCAGCGGACGUGACACACAUAAAGGCAGAACCUAUGAUAGAUGAUGAAGAAUUUAUAAAUCCAGAUGCGGUGGAUGCUCUUAAUAGUCUUGAUUUGGAUAACAUUUUUGAAGACGACGAUAGCUGGGGAUUAGAUGCAGCUACGUCGAAGCAAACAAACGUUGGGAAUAAUGAAUAUUCCAAAGAUGGAGAAAGUAUUAUGGAUGAUGGUCGUGCAAAGAUCAAAUAGAUCGUAUUGGAUGACUGCGAAAAAGAACCUCCGCCGCCCCCGAGUAUAGGCGAAAGCCUCGCAGAUGAUUCUGCCAUAUUUACGCGACGACCAAAAAAACAACAUACUUAUUGUGAUAGCAAUCAAUUUAGUAUUAAUGAAUUAUCUGAGAAAGAAACAGAAACAGAAACAAAGACCAAGUCCGUGAUAGAAGUGAUACAUGAUCAAAGUAUUUCUGUGCGUCUUUCAACAGACAGGAAUGGAGAUAGACUCUAUCGUCGAGAAAUUAACUUGCAAUCACGUUGGCGCUCUAGCUCACGCUCCCGUUCACGAUCCUUAAAUCGCGAUAAUCGAUGCCAGCGAAGAAACGCUCGUGGGCGUUCUCGUUCUUCAAGUCGCACAAUCAAGGAGCGAAAUGCUUUAUGUGAGAACAGUAUUUCACCUGGAAGGCAAAACUAUAGUUGUGGCUUGAGCCGCAGGCCCUCACGUAGUCCACGCACAGUAAAGUACGAGAGAAAAGAAGAAUGUCGGAAAAGGGAAACAGGCAGCAGGCACAAAAUGGAGCUGUCACCCUCCAGAUCAACGCAACACGCAAUUAGUCCCUUGAGGAGCGUCACCUUAAAAUAUUCUAGAAGCAGCAGCCGCGGCAGUAAAAAGCCAAUAUUAUCACCAAGGACUUCACAAGGCGAAGUCAAAGUCUUAAGCAAAAAACAAUGUACUCGAGAUUGUUCUCCAGACAUUUCGUCUCAAAGAUUUCGAGGUGCGUUAGCUGACUCCAAGGAAAUGAAUGAAGCUCCUGGUAAAUCAGCUAUAUCAAAUGUGGAACUCGAGAGAGCAGUUUUUCAAAAUGUGGAGUUUUCCAAAACCGUUUCUUCAAUUUCAACGAUUUCGAGCCGUUUUUCACGGCUGCCGGCUUACAACAGCCAUGCGGUCGGAGCAGGCAGCUCUCAUCCAAUUCCAUCCCAUAUUUCAUCUGUUGCCGUGCACACCACAUACAACAGCUACCAUUAUGGAGCUGAAACUGGAUCCUACAAUCAAUUACAGGUACCCAUGAGCUUCCAGCAAUCGCAAUACGAACUACCUCAACAUGAUUUGCGACACCGUUUGGAAAUAGCGAAGUACAAUUGCUUGCCAGAGAAUGACUUGCGGCAUCGCAUACAAGGCCGCAGCGAAUUCCCAAUUCCGAUGGUCAAUUAUUCGCAGGAACAGCACCUUGCCUAUCAGUACCAUGCAUCAGCCUGGGGAUGUCAUAGCCUGAUCCCAUGGCAUGAUGGAUACGAAAGCUAUUUACCCAAUAACUACUAUUAAUUGUAUUGAGAGAUUGAUUGAUUUCAUUAAGAGAUUGAUUGAUUUCAAAGAGAGCUAUGCUUCAGGUACUUUUGGUAUUGAUUUUACAAAUGAAAAAAAUAGAUAAGAAACGAUAGGGUUUUAAGUACAAGAGGGGGGAAAGAGUUUUAAUCAUAAGAGUGUAACUUUAAGUAUACGCUGUACCCAUUGAAAAUGUGUAUGAAGCGCAUAAAGUGUGUAUUAUAAUGUGAUCAGAUCGCAAGGGGGGACUAGAGACUAGAAUAUAGACCACCUUUUUAUCCAUUCUCCUUUCCGAACACACAUUUUUAAUCCUGGUUAUUUCUACUUGAGUACUAUCAUAAGGACGUGUAUAAAGUUCCUUCCUCUUCUUGGAAGAGAAGGGGUCAUCCAUCAUUGAGAUUUUUUAUGAAGCCCGAUCGUUCCUAGAGAGCUAAUCCAAUAUUGGUUCGAUUUGUUUUGUAUGUUCGAAUUAGAGUAUAGCUUGUAAGUUCUGGGGUUGGUUCAACAACUACGACCGAGUCUUUCUGCAAAGCUAUAUCAAAAAUUCUAAGAUUUCCUGAAGAAAAGUCAUACUUAAUUAUCCAACGUUCGAUGUCAGCUUUAUGAUAUAGUGAACCGAUCCGAUUCCUAUGUAAAAAUUCAAUGCCAAACAGAGAGACUCUUGAGAUACCUUAAAAACCUUAAAGAAAAACUUAAAUAAAUUCUUAAUAAAUUGCAGCACUUUUCAUGACAAAUCAAUAGAAUGACAAUCACUUAAUAAAGAUACUUUAUUCUCUUACUUCAAA